UUUUAUAUAAGCCCCCAACCUAACCCCGGUUAACUUAUCCGAACCCACGCUAUAUGCAUUUAUAUUCUUCCCCGUGUCGGAACGCAAACUACGGCCUUGAAGGCGAAGCACAGAGAGCGAAGGAAAGAGAGAGCGAGAUGGCGUUCGGCGAAGGGAAUCAUCAUAAUCCGACAAUCCAGGUACCUCAGUGGCCUGUGUUCCAUGAUCCGACGGCCGGGAUGCAGCUAUCCUUCCCCGUCAGCGGCGUCACCGGCGUCACCAGCGAGGCGAUGCUCGCCGCGCUGCAGCGCUUCCUCCCGUCGAAUAACGAGCCGUUGGACGACUCGGACGAGCCGAUGGACUCGUUGCUCGACGCGUUCUCCUGCGACGAGUUCCGGAUGUACGAGUUCAAGGUGCGGCGGUGCCCGCGAGGGCGGUCGCACGACUGGACGGAGUGUCCUUACGCUCACCCUGGCGAGAAAGCCCGCCGUCGGGACCCCCGCCGCUUCCACUAUUCCGGCACCGCCUGCCCGGAGUUCCGGAAGACCGCCCGUUGCGAGCGCGGCGACGCUUGCGAGCUCGCUCACGGGGUGUUCGAGAGCUGGCUCCACCCGACGCGGUACCGCACCCAAUUCUGCAAGGACGGCACGGCCUGCCGCCGCCGCGUCUGCUUCUUCGCCCACACUCCUGACCAGCUCCGCGUCCUCCCGCUGAGCCCCCGGUCGCCGCCGCCGCGGCCGGCACCGGAGUCGUACGACGGGGCGCCGCCCCGGAUGUCUAAGAUUCUGAUCUCGUCGCCGAGAUCGACGCUGAUCUCGCCGGCCAUGUCCCCAACGGCGGAAUCGCCGCCGGUCUCUCCGGUGGGGGAGGCGGCGAUGAACGAGGUCCUGACGGCGAUUAGGAAGCUGCAGCUGAGCAAGGCGAAGUCGGUGCCGUGUUCUUGGCGUGCUGGGAUGGUUGGUGGAUUUGGAUCGCCGAGGGGAGUCGGGGCUUUCAAGGCGGGGUUUGCUAGCUUGCCGGCGACGCCGACGGCGGCGGGUGGUGGCGGGUUUGGGUGGGGGCAGGAGGAGACGGAGGAGUUCGGAAGGGGAAUGAGGGGAAGGCUGUUCGAGGGUUUAGGGGAGGAUGAAGCGGCAGAGGGGUGUUCGGACGCCGGCGGAGGCAGCGCCUCGGCCGCGGGGGUGCCGGACUUCGGGUGGAUUUCGGAGUUGGUGAAGUAAUCGCCAAAUGGGUACUUUUCCGGCGACGGAAAGUAAAACAGAAAAGAGUUUAUGAGGAUUGAGGAGGUUAUUUGGCUGCCUGAUUUAUUUCAUAAUUGUUGAUAUCGACUCGGAAAAAAAAAACAAAAGAGAGAAACUGAUACUGUGUAUAUAUUAAGCGCUGGAACGCUGCUUUGGCAUCUGAUGGGGCAAAAAUGGUUUAGAAGAAGAAUUGUGAUUUCUAUGAGUUUAAUGCGUGGAUUGCUGAUGCCCAAGAGCUACCGGACGGGGCUUGCUCAAUUUUACUUUUAUUUUUAUUUUGAGGGUUAAUUUUUUGCUGAUUUUUCUUUGCCUUUUUUUUAAUCUGGAAGUUAAUUCCAUUGUCAAAAUUUCCAUUUGAAUGUAAAUAUGAUGUCCAGUUACUGCAAGAACUUGUAAUUUUUGUGCAAUAUUUUUUUUGGAUAAAUAUGCAUAUAUAGGCUAAUUAA